AUGAUGUUUCCCUUGGCCAGAUAUGCACUAAACUAUCUCAAGACUCCAAGCAUUCUGAAAGUUGUGGGAAGACAACGCCAUUCAAAGUCCUCAUCAGAAUUUCAUGACAAAUAUGGCAAUGUGAUGCUGAUUAGUGGUACCAUUUUCUGUUUUUCUGGAUAUAUAAUUUAUAUGACACAGAUGGGAGUGGAAUGGAACCUGUCUCCUGUUGGCAGAGUUACCCCCCAGGAGUGGAAGAACAAGUAA